AUGUCUGCCUUCAAUCCCUUUCGCGCCAGAAACGUUGAUGACCUGUUUACGAAGCCCAUCCAGCCGCCAGUUUCACCGCUGCCCAACGGUUACCCCAGAAAGUCGGCGCUAUCACUCGAGAUCGAGGAUCACGAAUCUUCCUCUUCCUCUUCCGACGAGCAAACGGCGGACCCAUUCAAUCCUGAUUCUGCCGUCAGCGAUAAUGAAGAUGACGAGCGCAAUGACGAGCAUUCGAGGAGCUUUGCUUCCCCGACCGAUCAUCACCCGCGAGAUCCUGUUGGGUCCGCUCCACACCCAGCUCCAUCCGAGGAGGGAUCGACCACAGUCCCGCCUUUGAAAGCUCUUUCUACACAAGUAUCUACGACAGAAGUUGGCCGGCCGAAUACAGCAAAAAGCAGUACACCGUCACUUGUUCAGCCCGUAGGGUCCAAGUCUCCUGAAAAUGAUGGUAACACAAGUUCGUCGAGUCGCGCCGACAAGGAGAAAAGGCCACCCCCGCCACCAAAGAGCCAUCAUGGCAAGCGCAUCAAUAAUUCGAACUCUACAUCUCGACCAGAGUCGUCUCGAUCCACGGAUCGGCGCUCCUUUCACGCGUCUUCGCCAGAGAGCGUAACCUCUGUUCAACCACCGGGUAUGCCAAAUGCCAAUGCAGGAUCACCACCACCACCAGCGCCCGAUUACUUCCUGACGCCUUCGGAUCAUCAGCAGGCAUCCGGUUCAACCGACUCUCUCCAACGCAGCCACUCCCAGAGCAAGCGGCCCCCGACACCACCUCUCAGUCGACGACAUAGCCAAAUGCGGCGAUCCAAGUCCACCCAGUCCAAGUCGAGCAAUAGCCGAUUGACCAUGUCAUCAAUCGAUUCAGAGAGCAACGAUAUAUGCCGCCGCCAGCCUCUGCAGAGACCCGAGCUGCUGUUGGUGCCGCAGCUCUCCCCGCAUCCGGGACCCCGGCGGACUCAUUUUCGCCACCACCAUCAGCACCUAGCUCCCGGCCAACACCACUACAGCCUGGCCGACGCACCUCAUCAUAUGGAAGUCCAACUACUGGCUCCUUCUCUGGAGCACCCCCUCCACCGCCACCCCCCCCGUCGAGCACGGGAUUCCAUCCUCCGCGCCAGUGAUGGCGGGGCGGAACCCCCAGCAACCCAAGCAGAGACCCCGCUCCCUCAACCCUCCAACGCGACCGAUAUAUUGGCGGAUCUUUCACGACUGCAGAAAGAGGUGGACGACCUGCGUGGCCACUAUGAGAGCCGCAAGGUCAGUCAGUAG